GACCCGGCCCGGGACUUGGUGCUGCGCGUGCAGCCCGGCGACAAGUGCGUGGUGACCGUGCUGGAGAGCGGGCCGCCGCCGCCUGCCCCUCACCGCCCCGGCGCCCUUUCCCCCAAGCGCUUCCCGUGCGACUUCGGCCCCGGCGAGGUGACCUACACGCACUACGGGUCGCGCAGCCCCGGCCGGGAGCGCCUCAGCCUCCAGCUCCGCUACGACUCGCCCAGCCGCACGCUGGUGGCGCCCUUCACCCUCGAGGCCGAGGUGCUCUCGCAGCAGCUGCGCCUGCUCAGCCGCAACCUGCCCCUGGCCGUGGAGAAGCUGCGCGGCCUCAGCGCGCCCCUCGAUGCCAAAGUGCUGGCUUUCGCCGAGGCGGGCGAGCCCGGCCGGCGCCGCUGCCGCCUCACCGCCUUGCCUCACCCUCCGGGCAGCGGGAGCCACUUGCCCGCCUACGGGCGCCUGUUGGACGCCAGCGGGCGCCCUCUGCCGCAGGGCUACAGCAACGAGUGCAGCCGCUUCCUGGACGACGGGAUCCGCUAUGAGCACACGGCCACCGGCCCGUCGCCCAACCGCGACUACAUCCCGAUGCGGGUCGAAGUGUGGGGAGAGGAGGCGGCGGCGGCGGAGGGGAGCGACUCCUCCUUGGAGGGCAGCCAGAGCGAGCAGGAGUAUUUCCAGGUCGUGGUUCGCAUCCGGGAAGGUGCUGAGAACACCCCACCCAAACCCAGCUUUGUGGCUUUGCUCAUGAUGGAGGUGGACCAGUUUGUGCUCACUGCCAUCACCCCUGACAUGUUGGCUGCCGAGGACCUGGAGACCCCUUCAGAUCUGCUGCUGUUCAAUCUCACCUCGCCCUGGCCCAGCCCAGGGGGUCAGGAGAGGACAGCGGGGGAUGAUCCCCAGUUGCGGGGUUACUUGAUCAGCACAGAUGACCCAAGCCGGCCACUCACUUCUUUCACUCAGCGGGAGGUGAGGGAGCUGAAGAUUGCUUACCAGCCUCCCACAGUGGACUCUGACCACGAGCGGCUUUUCCAACUUGAGAUGGAGGUUUUGGAUCCUGAAGGGGCCUCGUCAGAGCCCUUUGCCUUCAUGGUGGUUGUUAAACCUAUGAACACAUUGGCACCAGUGGCUGUCUUUAACAGAGUUGUUGGGCCCCAAAUGAUGCUUUUUGAAGGCCAGUCAAGGCCGCUUUCCAGCAACCUUGAAAUCAGUGAUGAGGACAACCUGGAUGAUGUGAAGAUAUGGGUUACAAGGGGAUUGAAACAUGGGGAGCUCAGGGUGUUGGGCGCAUCCCCUGGUCGUCAGUUUUUUACUGCCGCUGAGUUGGAAGCUGGACAGGUGAUCUACCAGCAUGAUGGCAGCGAGCACAGUUACAGUGAUAAUGUUGUUUUCCGUAUGGGAGAUGGACAGCACCAGGUGGAGUUUCUUUAUCCAAUCACUAUAGCCCCCGAGGAUGACCAGCCACCCCUUCUUAAUGCCAACACUGGGCUGGUCCUGAGUGAGCACCAAGUGGUCCAGAUCUCUCCAUUUGUCCUCAGUGCCACAGACAUAGACUCAGAUGACUCAACCAUCCGAUUUGUACUUAAGGAAGUUGAAGGGUCUCCAGAAAUGCCCCGUCUUGGUGUGCUUCUGCUGCGUCAGGCGGAGAUAGGAUUGUCUUAUGAAGAUGAGGAGGAUACAGGGAGAGACCUCAAUGCUGCAUCCUCUUGGCGCUUUCUGGAAAGUGAGGGUGUGUACGAGAAGGAGGUGACUGAGUGGUUGCAACAAGAUAUCUUGGAUGGAAAGUUAUACUACAGGCACACAGGUUCGCAUAGCACCAGCCUGACAAUGGACCAGUUUGUGUUCUAUCUCCAGGAUGACAAUGACCCGCCCAAUCAAUCUGGAGAGCAGGUGUUCCUCAUCAAGGUCCAACCUGUAGAUAACCUGCCCCCAGAACUGUACCCAGGUACAAGCUUACAGAUGACUGUCCUUGAAUAUCAGGUGACCCACUUCAGGAAGCGUUUCCUGCGCUACACCGAUUUGGACACAGAUGACAGGGAGCUGAAAUACACUGUGCUCACACCACCAACAGACACUGAUGAAAACCAUCCUGUGGUGGCUGGGCAGAUUGUGUUGAGUGACAACCCUUUGGUAGCUGUUACACAUUUCACUCAAGCUCAAAUAAAUCAUCACAAGGUGGCUUAUAAGCCACCAGACCAGGAGCUUGGCAUCACCCCAAGAGUAGUGCAGUUCACUUACAGGGUAGAAGAUACAGCUGGUAAUUCUGCUCUAGGUACCUUCACCCUUUUUCUGCAGCCAGUGGAUAAUCAACCCCCACAAAUCACCAAUGCUGGUUUCACUGUGUUUGAGGGUGGCAGCUUCCUUCUUACCAGCAGUCAGCUAGAUGCCACUGACAAGGAUACAGACACUGAUCGGAUUGUCUUCACCUUAGCUGAGGCACCACAGCAUGGCCACCUCCGCUAUUUGGAAGAAGGAUCAAUGGUACAGGGUGAAUCUUUCAUCUUAGAUGACAUUAUUAAUGGUCGCAUAUCCUAUCAGCACAAUGGUGAUGAGUACACAAGUGAUUCCUUCCAGUUGGAAGUCAGUGAUGGAGUCCACCAAGUGCCAAUUACUGUGAAAAUUGCUGUCCAGCCAGUGGAUGAUGAGCGCCCCAGCAUAACCCUCCCUGGUAGUCAUGGACUUUUGGGAGCCUUUAUUGAUGUGCUGGAAAAUAGUGCCACUGAAAUAACAACUUCUCUUAUCCAGGGGACAGAUGAGGAUACUGAUGAACUGGCAUUAACUUUUAUUGUAGAGGAUCCACCUAGGUUGGGUGACAUUUUAGUAGACGGGGUACCUUCUAAAAGAUUCACACAGCAGGACCUCAUUAGUGGGACAGUAGUCUAUGCUCACACUGAUGGCGAGAUUGGUUUGAAAAAGCGUUCUGAUUCUUUCAAUCUUACUAUCUCAGACCUUUCUAAUGAGUGGGUGGUGGGAGGCAGCACAGUGGAGGGGGUACGUGUGACUGUAACUAUUUUGCCAGUGGACAACAUUGCUCCUGAAGUUAUGGUGGGAGAAGAACCAUUUGCUGUUUAUGAGGGAGGGAAAAAUGUGCUAAGCUUAAACCUACUGGAUGUGGAGGAUGUAGAUACACCCAAAGAUGACAUCCUGUGUACAAUCUUAAUCCAGUCCACUUCUGGAUACCUGGAGAAUAUCUCUCCAGCCCCUGGGUCUGAAAAGUCAAGAGCUGGGAUUGCCAUUAGUGCAUUUUCAAUAAAAGAUGUUCGUCUUGGGCACAUCAACUAUGUGCAGAGCAUCCAUAAAGGGGUAGAACCUGUGGAAGACAGAUUCACUUUCCAUUGCUCUGAUGGUAUCAACUUCUCACCUCAGCAGUUCUUUCCUAUUGUUAUUAUCCCAACCAAUGAUGAGAAACCUGAACUGUAUGUCCGGGAGUUUGUAGUGCUGGAAGGGAUGAGCUUGGUGAUUGACACUCCCAUUCUCAAUGGUGCUGAUGCUGAUAUUCCUCCAGAUGAGUUGCGCUUCUUCAUCACUGUUCCUCCUAAACAUGGACAGAUUGUUAACCAGCUACCCACUGGUACUGUGUCUGUGCACAAUUUCACUCUGGAAGAAAUCCGAGAAGCUUCCAGCAUUGUGUAUGAACAUGAUGACUCUGAAACUAAAGAAGACACUUUCAGAAUCCAGUUGACUGAUGGUUUGCACAUAGUAGAGCAAGACAUAUUGAUUAUGAUCAUCUUGGUUGAUGAUGAGACACCCAGGAUGUCUAUCAAUGAUGGAUUAGAAGUGGAGAUUGGUGAGUCCAAAAUUAUCACCAACAAGGACCUCAAGGCCACAGAUAUAGACUCAGAGGACAAGACACUCACUUAUAUUGUUCGUUUGCUACCCAGGCAGGGCCUUCUGCAGCGCAUGAACAAAGAAAGAGGGGUGUUAAGCAACAUUACAUUGGGUAUGAAUUUCACACAGGAUGACAUAGACCAAGGUUAUAUAUGCUACAUUCACACUGGCCAGCAGGGAGUCCGUGACUUAGUUAAAUUUGAUGUCACUGAUGGUAUCAAUCCUUUGAUAGACAGAUACUUCUACAUUACCAUUAGUGGUAUUGAUAGGGUCUUCCCUGAGGUGAUCAAUAAAGGUGUGACUCUGAAGGAAGGUGGGAAAGUAACUCUCACUACCGACCUUCUCAGCACAAGUGACAUUAACAGCCCUGAUGAGCAUCUCCAGUUCAGUAUCACCCGAGCCCCAAUCAGAGGUCAUCUGGAGAACACUGACAACCCUGGAGUUCCAGUCACUACCUUCACUCAGCUCCAGCUAGCAGGAAAUAAGAUUUAUUACAUCCAUACUGCAGUAGAUGAGGUGAAGAUGGACAGCUUUGAAUUUGAAGUGACAGAUGGCUAUAAUCCAGUCUUCCGCACUUUUAGAGUCUCCAUUACUGAUGUGGACAAUAAAAAGCCAAUUUUAACCAUCCAUGACCUUACCAUUCAGGAAGGGGAAACCAAACUGAUCACCCCGUUUGAACUGAACGUGGAUGAUCGGGACACACCUGACCAUUUACUCCGUUUUAUAAUUACCCAAGUCCCAGUGCAUGGCCAGAUCAUUUAUAACAACAGCUAUGCUGUGACAAGCUUCACUAAGCAAGACUUGAAUGAAAAUAUGAUUAGCUAUAGGCAUGAUGGCACAGAAACUAGCCAAGAUAGCUUCUCUUUCACUGUUACUGAUGGGACCCAUUCGGAUUUCUAUGUUUUUCCUGAUACUAUCCUUGAAACACAUCGCCCACAGAUGAUGAAGAUUCUGAUCAAUUCCCUAGACAACGGUGUGCCACAGAUAAUAAUAAAUAAGGGUGCCUCAACCCUGAGAAGUAUUCCAACCGGGCACCUGGGCUUCUUAAUUACCAGCAAGUCUUUGAAGGCAGAAGAUAGAGACAGUCCACACAAAUUGCUGAAGUUCAGGAUCACAGAUGGACCACAACAUGGGCUUCUCAUUAACACGGGCUUAGGAAAUGGAAGUGUUAAAGCCUUCACACAAGCUGAUAUUGAUGACAUGAAGAUCUGCUAUGUCUUGAGGGAAGGUGAAAAUGCAACCAGUGAUAUUUUCUACUUCUCAGUAGAAGACAGUGGAGGAAACAAGUUGAAGAGCCAGCCUUUCCGUUUGAACUGGGCUUGGAUUUCUUUGGAGAAAGAGUAUUAUAUUAUAGAUGAGGAUUCCAGAGUCCUGGAAAUAACUCUCAAGCGCAGAGGAUAUCUGGGAGAGACAUCAUUCGUAAGUAUUGGAACAAAAGAUGGAACAGCAGAAAAGGAUAAAGAUUUCAAAGGGAAAGCCCAGAAACAGGUUCAGUUCAACCCAGGACAGACCGUGGCUACCUGGCGAGUAAGGAUAAUUGUAGAUAACGAAUAUGAGGAAUCUGAGAUUUUCCAGAUUAUUUUGUCAGAUCCAGUUAUGGCUGCCCUGGAAUUUCCAGAUAGGGCAACAGUGGAAAUUGUGGAUCCAGGUGAUGAAUCAACUGUGUAUAUUCCUGGGUCAGAAUACAGAAUAGAAGAAGAUGUUGGUGAACUGCUAAUUCCUGUCAGAAGAUCAGGAGAUGUGAGCCAUGAAUUAAUGGUCAUUUGUUCUACACACCAAGGCUCUGCCAGUGGUACAACCCCUUCCACUGUCUUGUCUUAUUCUGAUUAUAUCUCUCGUCCUGAAGACCACACGAGCCUCAUUCGCUUUGAUAAGGAUGAGACAGAGAAGACAUGUCGUGUCAUCAUUAUUGAUGAUUCACUUUAUGAGGAGGAUGAAACUUUCAAUAUCACGUUAAGUAUGCCAAUGGGAGGGCAAGUCGGAACAGAAUUCCCCAGCACCAAAGUUAUUAUUUUAGCUGACACCGAUGAUGAACCUGCUUUUUAUUUUGGGGAUACCGAAUAUCAUGUAUCUGAGAGUGCUGGUUAUGUGGAAGUUCGUGUUUGGAGAACGGGUACAGACUUGUCCAAAGCAGCCACUGUCACUGUGCGUUCCAGAAAAACAGAACCAAUAUCUGCAGAAGCUGGUGUUGAUUAUGUUGGGAUCAGUCGAAACUUGGAUUUUGCUCCCGGUGUAAAUAUGCAAACUUUCCGUGUGACAAUCUUGGAUGAUUUGGGGCAGCCUGUUCUCGAAGGUCCAGAAAAAUUUGAACUAGUACUUCGUAUGCCUUUGAAUGCAGUACUUGGGGAGCCAAGCAAAACUACCAUAUUUAUCAACGAUACCAUCACUGAUUUACCAAAAGUCCAAUUUAAGGAACCAUUGUACACAGUAAAUGAAAAAGAUGGGAAGCUGUCAGCUAUAAUUUACCGUAGUGGUGAUGUUAACCAUAAAUCUACAGUGCGCUGCUAUACUCGCCAGGGUUCUGCCCAGGUUAUGAUGGAUUAUGAAGAGAGACCAAACACAGAUGAUUCCGUAGUAGUAUUUCUUCCAGGAGAGAUUGAGAAGCCUUGUGUGGUAAUUCUGGAGGAUGAUGCUAUCUAUGAAGAAGAGGAAGAGUUCAGACUAGUGCUUGGAACACCAAAAAGCACUACUUCUGCAUUUGGUGCCUCUGUUGGGGAGCAAAAAGAGACUUUAGUGAAGAUUAAAGAUGAAGAAGACAAACCAGUGAUUAAAUUCUCUGAAAUCAAAUACAGCAUUCAAGAACCUCAGGAACCUGGGGAAAUUGCAGUUGUAAGGAUUCCUGUCCUGCGUCUUGGGGACAGUUCUAAAGUUUCCAUUGUGAGAAUUCAUACAAAAGACGGUUCCGCUGUCUCUGGAGAAGACUACAAUCCAAUGUCUGAUGAUAUUGAAUUCAAAGAAGGGGAAACAGAGCACUUUGUUGAAGUUGAAGUUUUGUACGAUGGAGUGAGAGAAAUGCGUGAAGCAUUUACAGUACAUUUGAAACCUGAUGAGAAUAUGGUAGCUGAGACACAGGAACUCCAUGAAUUGCAGAUGUUCAUUACCAAGAAUUGGGAUAAAUGGCAAUCUUCAUCCAUUCAUCCAAUCCCUGAGAUAUUUUCUUCAAGAAAGAAGGUGAAGAAAGGCUUGUGUCAGCCACGUAUACCAGGCACUGUUGGAGCAGAACCCUUCUCAGCCAAAAUACGUUACACGGGUCCUGAUGAUCCUGAUUACCCUAAUCUGAUCAAAUUAACUGUUACAAUGCCUCAUAUGGAUGGGAUGCUGCCAGUUGUCUCGACCAGACCUCUUUCCAACUUUGAGCUGACUCUUAGUCCUGAUGGCACUCGUGUUGGCAACCACAAAUGCUCCAACCUCCUUGAUUAUAAUGAGAUUGAAACAACACGUGGAUUCAUCACAGAGAAUAUCAAGAACCCAGAAGUGAUUGGAGAAGCAUCACCCUACCAGUAUAGCAGCGCCAUGCGGUCUACUAAGACUCUGCGUUUCUACCGUAACCUCAACCUUGAGGCCUGCCUUUGGGAGUUCAACAGCUACUAUGACAUGUCAGAACUCCUGACAGACUGCAGUGGCUCCAUUGGCACAGAUGGACAGGUGUUGAAUCUAGUUCAGUCGUAUGUAACACUGCGAGUACCCCUCUAUGUCUCCUACGUCUUCCACUCGCCCGCUGCUGUUGGAGGCUGGCAGCACUUUGACCUCCAGUCUGAACUGCGGCUCACGUUUGUGUACGAUACGGCCAUCCUAUGGAAGGAUGGUAUAGGAAGCCCACCAGAAGCAGAGCUCCAAGGUGCUCUCUACCCAACCAGCAUGCAGAUCAACGAAGAUGGGAGACUAGUGGUCUAUUUCAGGACUGAAAUUCGAUUCAGGGGGCUGUUUGUAAUGUCUCAUCCAGGAACAUCUCUCUCAUCUAUGGUCAUGUCUGCUGAUCACCCUGGUCUCACAUUCACACUGAGCCUUUCACAAAGUGAGCAAACCUUCCACCAGCCCAUGCAGCAAUGGAAAUUUGUCUCUGAUUUUGCUGUGCGCGACUACUCUGGUACUUAUACGGUGAAACUUAUUCCCUGUAUUGCUGCCCCCAGCCAAGAAUAUACUCAGGCUGUCAUCUGUAGCCCACGGGAACCAAUCACCUUUGAUCUAGAUAUCAGAUUUCAGCAGGUCAGUGAUCCAGUAGCAGCUGAAUUUAAUCUCAAUACCAAAAUGUUCCUGCUGUCUAAGAAGGACCUUUGGCUAUCUGAUGGGUCCGUGGGGUUUGGAGAAGGAACUGAUGUUGCAUUCACAGAAGACUCGGAAAUUUAUGGUCGGGUCAUGGUGGAUCCUGUUCAGAAUUUAGGGGAAUCCUUCAUUUGUAACAUUGAGAAGGUGUUUCUGUGCACUGGGGCUGAUGGAUACAUCCCAAAGUAUAAUCCAGAUAACAAAGAGUAUGGUUGCUUAGCCGAUUCUCCUUCCCUGUUGUACAGAUUCAAGAUUCUGGACAAAGCUCAACCUGAUACUCAGGCAAAAGUAUUUGGAAAUAUGCCCUUCUAUGCUAAAUUAGCAGCUGAUCAUGUGGAUGGUUAUCCUUUAGUAAAGCAGCCUGGUUCUGAUGGAUUCAGUUUGUUGUCAACUCCUCUAUUCCAGGUAGCAGCAGGUAGGGAGUGGUACAUUCACACUAUCUACAUGGUUCGAUCACGUGAAAAUGCCCACAAAGGCCUAGGAAAGAGAAGUGUUGAGUAUCACAACAUUUUGCAUUCAACUAAUGGAAGUCCUGGUGCUGUACCUCUUGGUCGCAGUCGGAGGGCCAUCUCAGAUACACCUGCUCUUGCACAAGACAUUGGUGCAGAUAAGAACAGGGGCACCAAUAUCCAGCAUAUAGCUUUGGACCGGUCUAACAAGAUCAUUACCAAACAGAAAGAUCAGUCUCUAGAAGGUAAAUCUUUUGAAAAACCAAUAUUGGAAAUCACUGGAAGCGAUGUGGAGGACACAAUUGUACCUGUUAUUGGAGGAGGAGCAGGGCUCCUACUUCUGUGCUGCACUGUUUUGAUUAUUGUCUUCCUUCUGAAGCGAAGACGGCGUUCCGCUGAUGGGAAGACAAACACAUGCAUCAACUAUUCCAACAGCAAUGAAACGGUGACUACACAACGCAGCAACAGUGACAGCUCUGAAGUCUAAUUACAUUGCAAAGGUGAGGGUUAUCCUUUGAAGAUACUUUGUUUCAUCAUUGAAACCAGUAUUUAGGGAGCUGUAUUUGCACAGUUAUAACUGGCUGCUGAAAUUUUGUUGCUAGGUUGUGUCUAGUUCCAGCAUAUGAAAAGAAAAAGCAAGUAAGGUGAAAUGUAUAGAAGUGUGAGUGACUUAUUUAUAACUUCUUCCUGCUCAUGGAAUAAACGAAAACCUAGUGUUAUUUUUAAAAUAAAUGGUGCUAAAAAAACCCCCACAAAUUAGCAGCUAUACGUGUGCCUUACCUACCAUCACAAAAGCCUGGUGCUCUUCAAAGGGAUCGUAAUUGGAAUUCUUUUCGUUUAACUGGUCAUAGUGUCUAGAGGUAUACCCUUGUAUAAGGAAAGAGGGUGGAGAGAACUGAGAGAAGACUUUUAACUAGAUUGAGUAGAAGCAAAAUAAAUGAAAUCAUAUCUUUGUGUAGAAUUUGUAUUGUCUGUGUGGAUGACAGAGAUAACUGCCCUGGAAAAAUGCUAAGCUUAUUUAAUGAUUAUUUCUUGAGUGUUUUAACCUAAAGUUAUUGUGAAUACAUCUUAAUACAAAGUCCCAAAGUUGACAUAUAUCAUGACUUCCAUGAUAAUCCUUAGUAUUGUAUCGUAUGUCUGAAGAGAAAUUGAAAUCAUUAUUAGAUGGCCCUUCUUUCUGGACUGCCUGCAGUUAGUAAAAUCUUUAUUUUGUUUCAAAUAGUUCCAUUUAAAGGGAACUUGACAACUACUGUAAGAUAGUGUGAAUAAAGGUAUUGAUUUGAUUUCCUGUAAUUUGUUGUCAAAUUCAAUCCGCACAAAUAAUUCUUAUUCAUGGUUGUUGUGGGUUUUUCGGGCUCUUUGGCAGUGUUCUGAAGGUUGCAGUCAUACAGAAUUCUAGGUAAUCAAAUACAAUUGUUGCAACGAAGGGACUUAGAAUUGUUAUCAAAUACUGGAUGAACAGGUUACUUGGUAAUGGUUCUCUUCUAAUGUUCAGUCACUGAAGAGGAAUCCUUGUGCAGCUUAGCUUCCUCACUCAUUCUGUUUAUUGUGCAGCAGCACCAUGUGUUUAAGGGCUUAGCCCAUUUUCUUGAUAAAUUCAUCUUCUGUUUGUUAAUGUGGAAAAGCACUCACCCUUCUGAAGGAAUGUUAAAUGCUACUCUUUGUUUUUUAAGACUUUAUUUCAAAGACUGAAAAUUUGCAGAACAAAUUAUUGAAAUGCAGUCAAGAAGUUUUACAAAUUUUCCAGUUCAUGCAUGUUUGCCUAGGAGUCUGGGAUAUGUUGUGGCUUCAGAUGAGCUCUAUGCACAAGAAAUAUCUUGAUUAGCUAGACCUGAUAUUAAUCAGACAUUUUAAUGAUUUAAAUUUUAAGUUAUUAAUAAUGCAACAUUUUUUCUCAUUUAGAAAGGAAUCCUCUCUAUGUUGAAUAGAGAAACAUGUCUGCAUUACUGCAUAGUUAGCAGUUUUGUGUAUGCAAAUAUAUGCAGCUUAGCUGACUUAAAAUCUGGAUCUUCAGUGGUAAAAACCUUAAACACUGUAAAUAUUUUUAAAUGGCGAAGGGAAGGUUAAGUACUUUCUCAGAUCUGCCUUCUGCUGGCCAGAAAAAGGAAGAGACAGCAUAGUAGAGUUGGAAGCCAACAACUAUUUCAUUAUGGCAUGCAGCUGCCUUAGAUUCCUUAGUAAUUUGUACAAAAUUAGUUUGGGGAGGGAGGGCUCUGCAGGUUAGAGAAUUCCUCUAGCUGGGGGCAAUUACUUAUUAUGAACAACUAGCUAUCUGCAAGCUUGGCUUCCUUUUAAUUUUAAUAAUCGGCUCAAAUUUGGUGCUUCUGUUAAAAUCACUGUAAUGGGGUGUGUGUGGAAGGAAUACUAUCAUUGUCCCAUCAUUGAUCCACAUGCUUCAAUUAUAUAUAUAUAUUUUUACAAUAGCAUAUUAGCUGUGCGCCUUCAUGAAUCCAAUUUUCCAGUAUGGGGCACGUUACUCAACAAUCUGCCUACCUCCAAGAGCCAUGUUGUGUUGGACUGGUUCACAUUACUGCCCCCUCUAAAUAAGGUGCACGUGUGUAUUUCCUUUCAGCCUGUCUUAUUAGAGGAAGGAGCAUGUAUUUCAGCAACAGGAAGGAAAAGUGUGACUGUAGCAGAGGGGCUUUAAGAAAUGCUUUCCCUUGCUUUGCCUGCCCAGAAGAGUCAUUGCUACUUCCCUUAUUUAUAAUUGUCUCCAGUCCCCUGUUGCUUAUGAACCACAAGCAGGCUCUUUCAAUACUGCUUGCUCUUGGGAAAAUCCACUAACCCACCAUGCAAAUAGAAAUCCUCGCUGCUUUCAACAGAAAGAUUGCCAGCUUCCAUAACUGCAAGCCAGAGAUCACAGAGCCCUUCAUACUCUUACGUUUGCAAAUGGUAUUCCAACACAUUUUUGCACCUGCUUAUACCUCCAAGAGCAACUGCUAGCUGUUUCAGGCUGCAGUGCCACACCUUCUUAUCUGAGAAUCUUCAGAUAGACUUCUUAUCUUUAAGUGCUGUUAAACUUAUUAUAACCACUAAUAAAUGCAUACAGGACUACACUGUGCAUUUUAAAUCAAGUAAGCAGCUGCUGUUCCUUUUGAUUGCAGUGGGACUCUUGUUCCCUCCAAGGUGUCUUAGAACACAAACUUGAUCAUCCAGGAAACUCCACCAAUCCACUCAGUGUACAGCAGUUGGAGUCUGCUUCCUUCUCUGUAAGCUUAGGAGAUGCAAAGGGACUAAAAUGCAAGCAUUCCUUCAUCACCUUGUUGUAGUAUAUGGUUCUGGCUUUACUGAACAGCUGUUUCCUGAGGUUUAUGUAAUUGGAGGGAAGAAAAAUAUACAUUACAAUGGUGUAAUAUGUCUACAAUAUUGUUACGCUACUUGUUUCAAGAUGUAAAUGAAGCAGGUUUAGUCAAGCAUUAUGUAAAGCACUGAAACCCUUGAUUGCUGACCUGUACUGUAUAAUAUUAAUCAGUCUAUAAUCGUAACUGUAUACUUUUAUUGUGGAAUUGCCAAAAUGUUUUCAGAUAAUUGUUUUAUAAAAGUGUUUUCUUUCAUACCUGUGUCUGUAGCCUAUUUUUAUAUUUCAAAUAUAAGGCAUUACACUUUCUCAAGCUGGCUUCAUUUCUUAAGCAUAUUUCUUAGCUUCUCUCAUUUAACUGAAUAAUGAUACCUAUACAGAUAUAGACACUUCGUUUCACGGUGUGUUUGAGCUAGCCAGGGAUACCCCAUCAUGUCGCUCUGUGUAAGACUUAUACUCUAGGCCACAGUGUGAAUGGUCCAAAGAU